CAUGUGGUCAAAUUGUGAAUUGUGUGGGCGUAGCUAGUUAAGUGCUGAGCUAAAGAAAGACAGUAUUAAAAUCAGCUAUAUUAUUGACAGUUAAAUAAUUAAGAUGUUGACAUCUACAGUACUGAGGACACCUAAUGCCUUUCUUUGGAACUGUCUUAUGGUCUUGACAAUUGCAAUCACAUGCAAUCACAUGCUGUGAGUCUACCUUUGAGUGGAGCUGCUCUACCCCUGUCAAUGAUGUCGCCUUCUUUCCUGACAUCCCAACGGAUGUGUCUGAUCCUGUCAUCAGUAAUGUAGGAACAGUACAAACAUCCCCAGGACAGCUCUACAUUUACCCUGUACCACAAGAACUCAGUCAUCUUUGCACAAUACUUCUAUGUAACGGACUGUAAAAUCAGAAUACAAAUAGUAUACGGUUUAUUUUACUGACAGGGUAAUGUACACGCAUGCGCAUACAAGGUAUACCAGACCGUAAUCAAUUAUGGGAAUCGUUUCAUUGAUGACAAUCGACGGUGGCAAUCGAUUGCAGGAAUCGAUUCCUCUAUGACAGCUGGGAAUGCAACCGACAAUCAGAAUCGAACUCUACAAUCGAUUCCUACGAUCGAUUCCAAUAAUCGAUGGUGGCAAUCCAUUCCUGCAAUCGAUUCCUCUAUGGCAAUCGAUGGUGUGAAUCGAUUCCAAUGAUUGAUUACUUUAAAGGAAAUCGAUAAUCGCCAUCAACAAUCGGAAUCAAACUCUAGUAUUGUCCACUAUGGCAUUCCAUAAAGAGUGGAGCAUGUAAACUUAUAUUUGUUGCAACAAUUAGAUCUAACUGCACUGUGUUUUAGCUGGUCAUCUGUACAAAGUUGUCAUCUCAAGUUAGAGAGCUGUCCACCAUUACAGUCUACCUUUUGCUCUCACUGUCUGUGCUGUGCACUAUCAAUGCCAUGGGUCAGAGCCUAACUACUCAGCCAGAGACAGAGGCCCCAACUACUCAGUCCACAACACAGGGCCCAACUACUCAGCCAGAGACAGAGGCCCCAACUACUCAGUCCACAACACAGGGCCCAACUACUCAGCCAGAGAUGAAGAUCCCAACUACUCAGCCCACAACACAGGUCUUAACUACUCAGCCAGAGACGGAGGUCCCAACUACUCAGCCCACAACGCAGAGCCCCACAACUCCGCCAGAAGACCAAACUACUGCAGCAGGUACUGGACAAUUUGCUAGAGAUACAGAGAUAGCUGGUCCGUUGGUUGGUGGUGUGGUUGGUGUACUACUGUUGGUGCUGAUUGUUGCAUUGGUGGUGGGUUUGGUUGUGUAUAUUCUUACAAGGAGGAGAUUCACUAAUAAAUGGACACCUGAGGUUGUAUCUGAACGUCAGCUUGCAGAGGGCAGUCAGAGAGGCGUAAUCAGUAAUGGUAUCCAGAGUGCUGAGACUGAUUAUGAAGUUAUUGAGCUGGACUCUCCAAGGCAACCAACCGAAACUAUUACCCAAAAUCCAUCGUACAUGCCCAACACAGAUGCAUCCAUCAACUACGAGGGAGAGAUGUAUUCUUACAUUGAUCCCAAACAUGUACGCAUUCUAAGAAAUCCAAUUGUCAGUCUAGAUGAGAUGCAAGUAGCCACUUUAAGCAACAUUGCUACUGCUGACAAUAUUUGUUAUGGGUCAGCUAUUCCACGAGAUCAUUCUGACCAAGUGACAACUUCUGAAAAUGUUGCUUAUGGCUCAACUGUUCGAUAAGACUCAAGCCCAAUAUCAUAGAUUUUAUAUUUGCAUGAUUAUCAGUACAUGUAUACUUAAUGUACUCAUGAGACUGUUGCUAAAGUUGCUGUCAGUGAAAUAACCAUACAAU